AUGUGCAUCAGCUUGUCAUCGUCUGGCGCGCUGAGUGAACGUCCCGAAGGCGCAAGUUACAGAAGUUCAGGGCUUGCGAUUUCAAGGUGGACAGAAGCACUACGACUAAGGUACCAAGAUCAUGGGCUUGUGACGUCCUGUGCCUAUCAAGGAGCCAUUGAAAGCAUACCUGAUGCGCGCCGGCGUACGCUGCCGCACGAGGCACAGCUUGCAGAAAAUACUCUUGUAUGGCUAGCAGCACAAAGACAGGAAAGGAUGGAUGGAAAAUAUGUAAGCUGUUCCUGGGAUAUGGAAGAGUUUCUUGUAAAGCGAGAUGAUAUCGUUGAAAAAAAUUAA